GUCGGGACGGGGGCACGGAACUGCUGUAGGGUCGACGAAUAAUCGGAGAUGAAGGAGAAAGAUGGAAAUUAAACAGCGGUUUUAGGAUUGUAGCAGUGACUUGGCGACAGUGCGAAUAUUUUUAUCCGCACUUUGAAGCGAAUGUUGUAUGAGGACUCGCGGAAGAAGUGCUUUAAACGCAGCGAGGUAGCUAAUGUAGGCAGAGCUGGGGAGGGCUGUAGCUGCUGGGGUUUUUUUUGGAGAGGGAAAACAACAUGGCUGCGGUGGAGCUCGAAUGGAUCCCAGAAACACUGUACAACACUGCUAUCUCGGCUGUGGUGGACAACUACAGCCGAUCAAGAAGGGACAUACGCUCGCUCCCAGAAAAUAUACAGUUUGAUGUCUAUUAUAAGCUUUACCAACAGGGCCGGCUCUGCCAGCUGGGAGGAGAGUUCUGUGAGCUGGAGGUGUUUGCUAAAGUACUGCGGGCUUCAGACAAAAGACACCUCCUGCACCACUGUUUCCAGGCCCUAAUGGACCACGGAGUGAAAGUUGCCUCAGUUCUGGCGAACUCCUUCAGCCGCCGCUGCUCCUACAUCGCAGAGUCUGACGCCCACGUCAAAGAGAAGGCCAUCCAGUUCGGCUUUGUGCUGGGUGGGUUCCUGUCUGAUGCGGGCUGGUAUGGAGACGCAGAGAAAGUGUUUCUGUCGUGCCUACAGCUGUGUACGCUCCACAGUGAGGUCCUCCAUUGCUUCCGGGCUGUGGAAUGUUGUGUCAGGCUGCUUCAUGUCCGCAAUGGCAACUGUAAGUACCACCUGGGGGAGGAGACCUUCAAGCUUGCCCAGUCUUACAUGGACAAACUAGCCAAACAUGGCCACCAGGCCAACAAGGCAGCGCUAUAUGGCGAGCUUUGUGCCUUGCUCUUCGCCAAAAGCCACUACGAUGAGGCAUACAGGUGGUGUAUAGAGGCCAUGAAGGAAAUUACUCCAGGGCUGCCUGUCAAAGUAGUGGUUGAUGUCCUCCGGCAAGCCUCCAAGGCCUGCGUGGUGAAGAGGGAGUUCAGAAAAGCAGAGCAGCUGAUCAAACAUGCAGUGUUUCUAGCAAGAGAACAUUUUGGACACAAGCAUCCCAAGUACUCCGACACGCUUCUAGAUUAUGGAUUUUACCUAUUAAAUGUAGACAACAUAUGCCAAUCAGUGGCUAUUUACCAGACAGCGCUGGACAUCCGACAGUCUGUGUUCGGGGGGAAGAACAUCCACGUCGCCACAGCCCAUGAAGACCUCGCCUACUCCUCAUACGUGCACCAGUACAGCUCUGGGAAAUUUGACAACGCUCUAUUCCACGCAGAACGUGCCAUAGACAUCAUAACUCACAUUCUGCCUGAGGACCAUCUGCUACUGGCCUCCUCCAAAAGAGUCAAAGCCCUGAUCCUGGAGGAAAUUGCCAUCGACUGCCACAACAAGGAGACAGAGGAGCGUCUUCUGCAGGAGGCUCAUGAUCUGCACCUGUCCUCGCUUCAGCUGGCCAAGAAGGCCUUCGGAGAGUUCAACGUCCAGACGGCCAAACACUACGGCAACUUAGGACGACUCUACCAGUCCAUGAGGAAGUUCAAGGAGGCAGAGGAGAUGCACAUCAAAGCCAUCCAGAUCAAGGAGCAGCUUCUGGGCCACGAGGACUAUGAGGUGGCUCUGUCCGUGGGUCACCUGGCGUCCCUCUACAACUACGACAUGAACCAGUAUGAAGACGCAGAGAGGCUCUACCUGCGCUCCAUCGCUAUCGGCAAGAAGCUGUUCGGAGAGGGCUACAGCGGGCUGGAGUACGACUACCGAGGCCUGAUCAAACUCUACAACUCAGUGGGAAACUACGAGAAGGUGUUUGAAUACCACAACGUGCUGUCCAACUGGAACCGACUGAGGGACAGGCAGUUUGCUGUGGCAGACGCCCUGGAGGAUGUCAACACCACACCCCAGCAGACCCAGGAAGUGGUCCAAGCUUUCUUAUUGGCUCAGAGCAUGGGCCCCACGCGCCCCUGUCUCGGCUGAUUGUUAUGAGGGAUGAAAGGAAAAGGAAAGAAAAAAAAAAAAGAAAAGACACGUGGGCUUUAGCCGGGCGAGGACGCGAAACAAGCCCAAAUGUGAUGCUUCAAGUUGCACACAAGUAAUUAGUAAGACACAGUAAAUUCAAGCAUCAUUGGCAAAGGUAGUUGGCUUUGUAGUCGACUUCAGCUGCCAGUGUACACACACACACACACAUUUAAUCAUUAAAUUAAAAAAAAAGAAGUAGAGAAGACACCGUUACCAAACCUCAUCGACACCCACACAAACCACCGAGAUGCAACUUCAGACUGGAUGCAGCUUCACCCCACAGAGCAGACUGUUGCAAUUUCUCCAGGAGAAAGAGGACAAAUGACUGAAGGGGGAGAAGUAAAAACAAAACUCAAAUAUCCUGUAAGGAUGACAGAUGACCUCUCCUCUUCUCUAGUCUCGCUCGCCUUCUUUCUUUUCAGUUUGGAUUUUGUUUUGCUUUUGUAUUUGAGCCAGUCGAGCUCUGAAUGCCAUGUGAGACUCAUCACACAUCCAAAUCAUGUUCUCCAAGGACCCAUCCCCCCUCUCAGUGCCCCACCCACAUCUGUGAACGAUGGAUCUCAGCCCACAUCCACCACGCAUCAUUUCUCGGUGAAUCACAGACGGAAGUUGUGGAAUGUCUUUGACACGUGUACAGUAAAAUAAUACAGCAGAUUGUACACUUAAGUUUCAGCUUGAAGGUUUUUUUUUUGGUUUGUUUUUUUUGGGGGGGUUGUUUUCUUUGCGAGGAAAUGAAAGUGGACCCUAAGAAGACUUCCUGUUUUGAACUGCUCGGCGGGGAGCAGUGAAACAGUGGAAUGUGUUGAACCAGUGGCUAUAUUGUUACACACAUAACAGGCUUCACAGGUCUCGUUUUCAAUCGAUUUUUAUCUGUUUUUCCAACUUAGUCCUGACAUAGCAUAAUUAAAAAUGCCAAUAACUUAUAUGCAGACGUGUAUGUUUAUGUAGCCCUUUGUUUUAUUCUUUUCCUACUAAGUAAGCCCUGAAUUCUGAGAGGAACAGCUCGACACCAUUACUUUAAAAAAAAAACAAAAAAACAAAAGGAUGUGAACAGGAGUGAAAAGAGGAAGAUGCUACAUGUACAGGGGCUUAAACAGCUCCCUUCCUUCGUUAAUCACAAGUCGCGGCUUCAGGUAUGAGUGUGUACGUGUGCGUCAGUAUUCACAGAUAGAAACUCUGGGUGCCCAAGUGCUCCACUGAUGACUACCAGCCUUACACCAGCUUGCAGUUACCUGUCUGUAGACGGACCCAUAUUUCUAAGUGCUAAAUAAACUAUUAUACCCUUAAGGGCACUACAAUGGGGACCAAUAUUGUACAUUAUUGUGUGUGUGUUUGUGUGUGAGUGUGUUGCCGGCCGGCCUGCCUGUGCAUCUGGCCUUUCCUCUCCACUCCGUCCCGUCAGAGAUCCCAUUAAAGGACCACUUUGUAUGAUUUAGUGCCAUCUAGUGGUGAGGUUUCAGAUCGCAACCAGCCGAGGACACCUCCCUUUCCCAGUGUGUAGCCUUAAGUUCAUGUAAGAACACCAAAGGCCCUCUCUACAGCCUGUGUUUGGUUUGUCCAUUCUGGGCUACUGUAGAAACAUGGCAGUGGAGGACUCACUCCCUGUGUAGAUAUGAAGGACUGAGUCUAAGUUAAUGGAAACACAAUGACUCUUAGUUCAUUAUAUGAAUAUUUUAUUCCUUUUCUGCCAAUAGAUCCUCUUAAAUCCUACACACUGGUCCUUUAAUGCAAAGGUUUUUGUUGUUUUUUUUAACUAGUUUUUCCAUCAGCCUCCGAGUAUUUCAGACCAAAAUCUCAUCUGUUAUAUCAUUAACAGAGCUGAACUGUCUUUAUCUCAGUGUCUUCAAUCAGAGCGGCUCAGGUGGAGGAAAAAAAAAAACCCUGAAAACAAGCAAUGACACAGGAUUUUAACAUUUUAUGAUGCUCAUGUUGUAAUUACUCAUCAGUAAAAACGAUCUGAAGCCAAAUCUUUCCCAGAGGUCUGAAGCUUCAUUGACUUUGUGUGGAGGGGGGAGGGGGGGGGGGGGGGUGCAGAGACACUGGCCCUGUAAGAGCACUGGUUCCCAAACCAGAUUUUUAAAGGCUGAUCGGUGUUUAAAAAAAAAAAAGGAUGUGUCCACUAAUAUUCUACCUUUUUACAUAAACACACAACAUAAAAAAAUGUUCAGUAUUAGCCAAACGUAAAGCUAAUCUGGUUCAUGCAAACGUUCAACCUGGAUGUGUUCUUACAUCAGACAUGUUAACAAUGCAAACACAAACCUGUCGGUGCCCUCUAGUGGACAAACUGUGUAAUAGCAAUUUGAUAUUUUUUGGGGUAUUUCUCUGCUGACAUUUCCUGUAACAUGAUGAACUGCCAUCAGCCAGCAUACUGGCCUGUUCACUUCAUCAGUCUGACUCUGCUUCUUACCCAUGAACACUUGUGUAUAUGAGUUUUUCUGAGCUGUGAGCACUGAGAGUCAGUGUAUGAGGCCUGGAGAGGUCUCUCUCUGGUCCCAGUGAUCAUCUGAAGGUCAGGACACCCUGUGAGUGUGGUCAGGAACCACCGAUGGCUCCGCUCCGGUGGUUUUAACACUACAAGUUCCAGUGGAACUGAAAAGAAAAAAAAAUAGUGCAUGAAAACUGGAGUAAACU